CAUGUUUGUUGAAGGUGCGACAAGCUCGAUCCGCGAACACAACCGUUGCAUCCUUCGUUCCGCAACUUCCACCCGGCGCAACAUGCGCUGGCUCGUGCCAUAGCCUUCCGCCAUUAUCGCAUUGGCAUACUCUAAAGAUUGCCCGAGAUGACAUCCCUAUCGCUGCCUCUGCAGCUGCUCGUCCUCAUCGCGGCGUUCCUGAUCGUGUCAGCACUCGCUGAUGGCCACGAGAACUCGCUGCCGUCGUACCACUACGGUGCCCCAAUCCGCGUUGAAUGCAUGAAUCGGAGCUCAGAAACGGGCGAGCACAUCGAAAACGCAGCGCACGAGAUCCAAUGGAUCCCCUUCCCCAUCUGCAACGAGACGAACCAGCCUCUCGAGUUCCACUACGGCAUCGAGGGCGAACAGAACUGCACCAUCGCCAUGGUCAGCGACCCUUUCUUCCACCUGCUCGAGUUUUACAUCCACAGCGACGCCCCGCUUUCCUGCCGCCUGCCCUCGCGCCCGCCCCCGCACAUCGAGGUCGUCGGCGAGAACCCCCCCGAGCAAGAGUACAUCCCCCUGGUCUUUGCGCUGGCCGGCACCCUGCAGCUGAGCCACAUGCACAUCAGCACCCACAUGAACGUGCUGCUGCACAGCACGCCCAAGCACCACGUCCACCCGCGCGACAGCGGCGUCCUCGACAGCGCCACCGCCUACAGCACGAGCCCGCUCACCCACAUGGAAGGGGGCGCCACGCGCCGCCUCGUCAUUGGUGACCCGCUUCCGCUGAGCUUCAGCGUGCGCUGGUUCCCGACGCCCGCCCUGCCCAAAGUCGGGGGCAAGGUCGAGUGGUCGGGCAUGGGCGGGCACGUCUACGCCAGCACCGUCUUCUACAGCUUGGUUUCGUUCUGCGCCGGCGCCGUCGUGUCGGCCGUGUACUUCUUUGGCUCUGUGCUGCCGAGGCGGCUCAGGGGGCGGGGUCUCGGCGGCGCCACGCCUCUGGGAUAUGGUCUGAACGGCGUGGGCAAUGGCUGGGGAUAUCAGAAGAGGGCGGUCGACUAGGGGUGCGGGCCAUAAUCAAGAUGAGCGGCGAACAUGGUCUAGCGUCGUUUGUGGUUUGGGAUAAGAGAGCUGUAAAAUAAGAAAGAUACCACGGCGUUUGGGGGUCACUUUCAACAAAGAAUAAUAGUCGCUCUGGAACCGAAACCCUCCCGUUCUACACAAACCGCCAUAGCGGUCCAGACAGGCAACUUGCCACAGAUCAACCCCAGGCUAGGUGGACGGACUCUACAGCGACUUUCUGACCGCUCCGACAGCAUCGGCGGCCU